AUGGGAGGUGAACAAGUAGCUGUAAUUCGAAAGCCUGGUAUAACUACUACAAUGAAAACUAUGAUUUCAUAUGGACAAACGCAUAUGACAUCGCUUCAAACUACUGGAUGGGGUCUCAAACAAGAAUCACAAGAUAUUUUGGACUCCCAAAGUCACAUCUUUAGUGGAAAAUUACAUUUGAAGUACCUGAUGGGCUUUGCUGAAGAUUACACCAAAGGAAUUCUGAAUGUAAAACAAGAGCUCAUACUUAUAAUUGCUCGCACAUUCAAAAACUCAUAUAUUGGAGAGGUUGAUGCUGAUUUGGAGAUUAGAGCCUCCAAGGACUGGAAGCAGUGGAAGAAGACUUGGCAAGACCUGAGGUCUAAAACCAAAAGGAAGAAGUCAGAGCAAUUGAAAUAUACCAGAGGUACUGAAGGUGGCCCUCCACAUCCCGAUGAAUUGGAUGAUGAAGAUGAACUAAUUUUGAGUACCAUACCAUCCACAGCGAUAACGGGUGAUAUCAAUAUAAAGGAAACACCCAUAGAAUUUGAAUUUCCAUCUGAUGGAAUAAUUAUAGACCAACCAGUGGACACUCAAAGUCCAGCAGUAAUAGUUUCUGAUGAAAUAGCGGAAAUUGUUGUGAAUGAGCAUUUAUAUGCAAAAGAAAAUGUUGUUCCUAUAUCUACAACAGCUAAAACCCCAAAAACGAAAAGGACUAUGGCUAGUCAGCGUUUACAUACUAGUGCUCUUGCAGCAUCAACUCUUGCUGAAGUUAGUCAGAGUACACUAGAAGUACAGAAUAUUAUGCUCGAAAGCUGCAGUUACUUGAGAGACAAGUUGUAG